UCCUUUUAGAAUGGCUGUCUGGGGAAAAGAGCACUGCUGCAUUUGCAGAAUACAGGACAUUUUCUUGAGAUUCAGGAUUGUUCUAGCAAUUCUUUUACUUCAUUUGUUCCUGGCUACAGCAGGCAAAGAUCAGGAGGAUUUCCUAGGACGAUACAAAGCUGUCUUUAAGACUGCAUGUGAAGAUCCUUGGAUUAUGUCACCAAGAAUUUCUCUGCGUCCCUUGAAAGAAUUCAUUGUCUGUGUGCACCUCAAACUGUAUUCCUCAGAUAGUCCCUGGACAGCAUAUGUAUACAGUCAAGAAACACCUCACACAAAUCUCUCUGCAGAUAAAUACAAUCUUGGACUUACAGGAGAUCAUGGUAAAUUGAGGAUAUGGUUGUUUGGAAAUGAAAUAAAUACAACAGUAGAACUUCAUGAAAACACUUGGAACCAAAUAUGUAUCCAGUGGAAAAGUGAAGAUAAGGAGAUGAAGUUAUUCAUAAAUGGAACAAAGAAAGAAAACAAAAAACUAACUGGGAAAUUUAAUUUCCCUGGAAAAGGGCAGUUCUUACUUGGCUGUUCAAAGGUGCCAGGUACAGCUGUGUCACCUAACCUGGGUGUGACUGGGGAGCUGUACAUGUUCAGAAUGUGGGAUCGAGCAAAUAUAAAACAAUCUCUGGACUGUGAAGAUAGUGGUGUUAUACGCUGGAGAAAGGAGGAUUGGGUCUACAAUAAGACAGUAGAAGAGGAUAACUCUUUGCCGUGUGUUGACACUGCUGCUACGCUGCCUGGCAGAAGAGAUACAACAGGUGAUGAUUCGGAAGAAUCGGCUGUAACAACCAUUUCUGAUAUGAUUUUGGAGAAGACUACACAAACUGCAGAGGCUCUUAACGUCACUGAUUAUUACUCCACUGUAACACCAGCAGGAGAAACCAUUUUAUGCAACGUAACAACUGUCUGUAAUUUUUCAGUGUUCUAUGUGGGGAAGGUAAAACUUCAGGCAAGUGAAGAAAGUAACACAUCACUAAAAGUAGAAAUAGUUAAGAACAUGACCAACAAUCAAAUUACACAAUUAAUUGCAGUUCCAGCACCUACCCUGCAAGAACUGAGAAUUUCAGAGUUCAACAAAACCUUGCAAGCAAUAAGUAAGUCUUCCAUUAUGGAAUGCAGUGCAGAAAAUCAGAGUAUAUACUGCAGUUUCAUAAUGAAGCUGGCUGAGAGAGAGAAUACAAGCAGUUUAACAGACAAAGCAGAAAUAAGCCGACUUGACCAGUGCUGCUGUUCAUCCCUGAAGUAUUGUUCCUUGACUGCUGAAGAAUUACAGAUGUAUACUAUAAAAGUGCCAUCUCAUUCCAUAUGGGUUCCUUUCCCCCAUUUCCCUUCUCUCCCUAAAAAGACUUCCCCCAAGUCCAGUACUCUUAUUUCCCCCACUAUGCUUUCCACCAAACAAAGCCCUACAAUUAGACCACUGAUCCCACCGUUCACAGAAAUGUCUUCUGGAACUCUUUCCACAUCUCCCACUACAAAUACUCUCUCUGAAGCUUCUACCACAUCCACUACUGAAACUUCUGUGUCUUCCACCAGUGUUACUACUACACUUUCUGAGUCUCCUGCCCAGCCUACUGUGCAAACUGUUACUUCCGUAUCUUCUAAUAAAUCUGUCACUAUCUUCACACCUGCAGAAAAAUCUGUCACUGAUGCUGCUUUCUCAGUUAAAUCUGAUGGUGUGUAUCUUAGCAAGCCUAUUACAAUCAUUUCUCCUUCUGUAGGUUUCACUAAACAUUCUGCAGUAUCCUCUUCUGAGCUUCCCCCCAGACCUUCAGUAACAGUUUCCCCUGUUGAGGCUACCACCAAACCUGUUGCAAAAAUUCAGCCUCCUGCUACAGAUUCAACCCAACCUAUUCCUAGUUAUAAAAACAUUACUACAGCACCUAUUCUUUCCCUUACUCCUUUCACAAUAACUUUGACCCCUACGGUUAGUCCUGUGAACCAUGCUGUCUCAGCUUCUCAUCAUCAUUCUACUGCCGAUAGCCAUGGCAUCCUGCCUAAAGGGAGCACAGGAAAGACACUAUCAGCUACCACAUACACAACUUCUGUAUAUACCCCCAUUAAUAUUACCACAGCUGAGCAAAUUGUGUCCAAAAUAGAAAAUGAUUUAGCAGCUGGAAAAGUAGAGCCAAAAGAUGUAGAAAGGAUGGUUAGUGAGGUUAGCGAAGUCCUGACUGCUUCUGAACCAUUACCACCCAGAAUAUCUAACAGGAUUAUAAAACUGGUGGACUAUAUUGGUUUAAAGCUGAACUUCUCAGGAACAUCUGCUGAUUUUGCCUCCCCUUCCUUGGCUCUGGCAGUUGUCAAAACCACCAGCAUCCGCUCCAACCAAAUGUCUUUUGCUGUCCAGGACUCAGCUGAUCUCCAGAUUUCUCUAGGCAGUAAUGCAAUUAAUGAUGUAAAUAAUCUUGGAUCAAUUACACUUCCUUCAUCAUUGCUGACCAGUUUACCCCAUGAUGAGUUGAACUUGGCUUCUAGAAUUAUAUUCAACCUCUUUAAAAAGACCACUGUGUUCCAGGAUCUGGCCUUGAAGAAUGCAUCUUUAAUCAGCAGUGUUAUAUCAUCGAGUGUUUCUAACCUCACAAUUAGCAACUUAAAGGCAAAUGUUACUGUUGUAUUACAGAAUAUCAAACCUAAUCAGGGUAAUUCAACAGUUAGAUGUGUUUUUUGGGACUUUAAUAAAAAUGGUGGACAUGGAGGCUGGUCAUAUGAAGGUUGCAUAGUUAAAGAAAGUAGAGUAAAUGAAACAGUCUGUUCAUGCAACCACCUCACAAGCUUUGCAGUUUUGAUGAACUUGUAUGGAAAUACUCCUUUGAAUCCCACACAAGAAUUAGUACUGACUUUUAUAUCCUAUAUAGGCUGUGGCCUUUCUGCAAUUUUUCUUUCUAUUACUCUUGUGACCUACAUAGCCUUUGAGAAAAUCCGGAGAGACUACCCUUCCAAAAUCCUUAUUCAGCUCUGUGCUGCACUACUUCUACUGAACUUAGUUUUCCUCCUUGACUCAUGGAUUGCACUGUAUGAUACACGAGGCCUGUGCAUUGCAGUCGCAGUAUUUCUUCACUAUUUCCUCUUGGUUUCCUUCACCUGGAUGGGCCUAGAAGCUUUCCACAUGUAUCUGGCCCUUGUGAAAGUCUUUAAUACCUACGUGCAGAAAUACAUUCUUAAAUUUUGCGUCGUUGGUUGGGGGUUACCAGCAGUAGUUGUGUCCAUCGUGUUGGCAGUGUCACCAGAUAAUUAUGGACUUAUAACCACUGGAAAAGUUUCAAUAAACAGACCUGAUGAAUUCUGCUGGAUUAAAAACAGAAUUGUCUUCUAUAUUACUGCUGUGGGAUACUUUUGUGUGAUAUUCCUGAUCAAUAUCAGCAUGUUCAUUGUUGUGCUGAUACAGCUGUGUCGUAUCAAAAAGAAAAAACAGCUUGGAGCUCAAAGAAAAACCAGUAUUCAAGACCUUAGGAGUGUUGCCGGCCUCACAUUCCUGUUGGGAAUUACUUGGGGAUUUGCUUUCUUCACAGUGAAUGAUGUGUUUACUUACCUCUUUACCAUUUUCAACACUUUGCAAGGGUUCUUCAUUUUUAUCUUCUAUUGUGUAACAAAGGAGAAUGUCCGUAAACAAUGGAGAAGAUACCUCUGUUGUGGGAAAUUCAGGCUGGCUGAAAACUCUGACUGGAGUAGAACUGCUACUAAUGGUUUAAAGAAGCAGACUGUAAAUCAAGGAGUAUCCAGUUCUUCCAAUUCCUUACAAUCAAACAGCAACUCCACUAACUCUACAACACUCCUAAUGAAUAAUGAUUAUGCAGUGCAUGCAAAUGGAAAUGGCCAUCUUGCCAGUGAGAAGAACGGUGUUUCUUUCAGUGUACAGAAUGGUGAUUUGUGUCUCCAUGACUUUUCAGGCAAACAACUUGUACUGCAAGAAAAGGAUGAUACAGGCAGCCAAAAAAGCCACAUCUCGCUCAGAAGGACUUCAAAGAGGGGAAGCCUAACUUUUAUCGAGAAAAUGUGAUUUCCUUUUAAACAGCAUAUUGGUUUACAGUGUGAAGUAGAGAUUUACUUUAACAGUUUUACAUAAUGUGAGCAGACCAAGAACUGAUUUUAUUUAACAUACGGUACUGGAACUUCAAGGCAGCCAUGCAUUGAAUUGACAAGGACAAUUAUUAUUAAGAAAAAAAAAAAGAA